AUGACUAGUUUAUUAAAAGAAACUGGAAAUGGUGGAACACCUUUACCACUGUUACCCACUGGUGAACAACAAAUUGCUGUUGCAUGCCGUAUUCGACCCAUGACAGAAGAUGAAAUUCUUCAAGGUGCAACUAUCAUUGCUCAUAAAGUAGCUGAAGAUAAUAUGGUCGUUUUGCUUGAUCCAGACGAAGAUCAUGAUGAUAUUUUACGUGCUAAUCGAUCUCGUGAACGUAAAUAUAUGUUUGACGUUGUGUCUGAUGCUCGCGCUGGACAACACGAUGUAUAUUCAUCUACAGCUCAAGUUCUUUUGAGCAGCGUUCUAGAAGGUUAUAAUGCAACUGUAUUUGCUUAUGGAGCUACAGGAGCUGGAAAAACUUAUACUAUGUUAGGUACAGAAAAUAAUCCUGGAGUUAUGUAUCGUACGUUGCAUGACUUGUUUGUUGAAAUAAAAAAAUUUGAAGGUCAACGAGAGUAUCAAGUGUCAAUGUCAUACUUAGAAAUCUAUAAUGAAUUAAUACGUGAUUUACUUACACCUUCUUCUUCGACUUUUCUCGAAUUACGCGAAGAUGCUAAAGGAACAAUACAAGUUGCUGGCCUUAGUGAAAUCAUUGCUAAAACCCCCGAAGAAGUUAUGGACAUGUUACAUAAAGGCAAUCGUGCACGUACACAAGAGCCAACUAAAGCUAAUAAAACUUCAUCACGAUCACAUGCUGUACUACAAGUUAAUAUUAAACAACGUGAUGUUACGAGAUCACAUACAGAACAAGUGCGAUUUGCAAAACUUUAUAUGAUUGACUUAGCUGGAUCAGAACGAGCAGCACAAACUCAAAAUACGGGUAGACGAAUGAUGGAAGGUGCUCAUAUCAAUCGUUCACUACUCGCUUUGGGCAAUUGUAUCAAUGCCUUAAGUGAAAAAGGAAAUACAAAAUAUGUGAACUACCGUGAUAGUAAAUUAACACGUAUAUUAAAAGAUUCUCUUGGAGGAAAUUCUCGUACAGUUAUGAUUGCGCAUAUAUCACCUGCAUCGGUACAUUUUGAAGAAUCCCGUAAUACGCUUAAUUAUGCUGAUCGAGCAAAAUAUAUUAAAACAAAAAUACGUCGAAAUGUUAUUGAUGUAUCGUAUCAUAUAGCACAAUAUCAACAAAUAAUACAAGAUCUACGCAAUCAAGUUCAAUUGCUACGUGAUCAAAGAGAGGAACUUGAAAUGCGUUUAACAACAACAAAUGAAGCUCGAUUUAGUCGACUAAGCGAUAGCAAUACAAAUGAACGUCUCCGUGUUGAAGAAGGCUUAAAAUUAAAAGAAAAUAUUCUUCAAACUUAUCGUAAACAAAUUGAUGCUCGACGAGCAUUAUUACACAUCGAUAAUGGUCUUAUGGAUCUUCUGCAUGAAUAUACACGUAAUGAAUCAGUUAUUGAAUAUCAUGAAUCCAAUAAAGAAAAUAGUCCACGAAAUAGUAAAAAAACACCUGAAGAAAUAAAUCUUGACAAUAUAACAUCAGAAUCUAAUGUACAAAGAGCUCGUGCAGAGUUACGUGUAAUUGAACAAGAACGAUCCAAAUUAGAAAAACAACGUAAAACUCAAUUAAAAGAAUUUGAAACAUCUAAAUCUGAUGCUCGCCGUUUACUUGAGAAAGUAACCAAAAAAAUGAGUAACCAAGAACAACGUGAACUAUUAAAAUUACUAUCUCAAAAUUUUGAAUAUGAAAUGAAAACCAUUGAAUUACAAGCUGAUAUUUUUGCUCGUGAUUAUUCAAUUAAGCAUAAAGAUUUACAAUUAUUACGUAUGUCACAACAUCGUAGUCUAUGCGAUACAUUAAUCUAUCAACAAAGACGGCUUAUUCAAGAUAAUCAAAUUCAUGUUCCUUCUGACCUUGAAGAACUUUAUCACCUUUAUUCACGGGAUAUUGACGAAGGACAACUUAUUCAUGAUCUUAAAAAUCAUUCGCCACGUUCCGUAACAGGUGCUAAUGUUAAGCCACCAACAAUAUCAACACUACCUUUUCUUACACAAAUAACUGAAGAAGAUCUAACAAGCGCCUCGACAUCCGUAACUAGUUUUCAUUUACCAAAUAGUCAAGGUAGACGUAGUAAUCAACCAUUGUCAACUAUAAGUUCAUAUCGUGCUCUGUCUGAUCAUGAUCUAUUUACUCGUGUUAAUAAUGAAACCAAUAAUAAUGACUUAGGACAAGAUUUAACACAAGCAGCAAAUAAAUCUGCAGGAUAUUCUCAUUUCAAUUUUGAACAAUUAUUAAAAACACAAUUAACUAAAGGAAAUUCUAUGAUUAGUUUAAGUUCUGAAAGUGUAGAUAUGCCAAUAAAUGCAAAUGAUACAACACGUCGUAAAUUACAUGCAACAUCACCGUCCAAUGAGCCUACAAUUGAACCAUUGACACCAGUUUUAACUGAUCCUAUGAAAAAUAAAUCGAAACGAAGAAAACAAACGCAAGAUAUAGCUGCAAAAGCGGCACAACGGCGAGCCAAUCUUCAUCAUAGAGAAUUAAUGGAAGGGAGUGGCUCGGUAGUUUCUAAUGAGCCUGUUAUAUCUAAAGAGAACACUGCUAGCGCAUUUGGACUCGAAAUAACUCCUGUUAAACCGAAAAAAACUGUGACAAUCAAUGAUCCAACUGGAUCUAAAAGUCGAGCGACUGAGUUUCAUCGUACGAAUUCAUUUUCUCCCGAGCCAGCUGCUAGCGAUCCAUUUUAUUCAACAGCAAAUAAUCGUACAACAAGAACUCAACCAAAAAAACGAUCAACCUCCUACGGUUCAACAGGAAAUGGUCGUUCAACUAUGCCAAUUGCUAAUGUAAUCGUACCACGCGAACAUUUUUAA